AGGGCAGUGUAGGUAUUGGCUGCAGAGCUGAACGAAAAAGGCUGCUUCCGGUUACGGACUUCCUCUUUUGCUCUGCAUUGGGACGCAAACAUGGUGAACGUCCCGAAGACCCGCAGGACCUACUGCAAGAAGUGCAAGAAGCACCAACCCCACAAAGUCACCCAGUACAAGAAGGGCAAGGAUUCCCUCUAUGCUCAGGGUAAGAGGAGAUACGAUAGGAAGCAGAGCGGCUACGGUGGUCAGACCAAGCCCAUCUUCCGUAAAAAGGCUAAGACAACAAAGAAGAUUGUGCUGAGGCUCGAGUGCAUGGAGGCCAACUGCAGAUCCAAGAGGAUGCUGGCCAUCAAGCGAUGCAAGCACUUUGAGUUGGGAGGUGACAAGAAGAGAAAGGUAAGACUGUCACAAGACACUUUGUUCCUUGAGCAAGUCUUGGUAACUGUCUCGGCAUUAGUGUGAACACUUGAGGCCAGUUCUUACUUUUCACAUCCACGUGGCCACAGGGUGCACAUUGGUACAUGUGGUGUAAAUAUCGUUGUCCACCUGCUGCAGAGGGUACGGACCCCACUGCAUUUGAUCGCACCUAGCCUCAUUUUUUUGACUGUGCAGGCUGGAUGCAUAUAAAGCACAAAUGAUCACGCAGGCGCCACACCAACAAACAAAGCACUGGUUAUACCUCGCCUCAGAUGCCUCUCGUUUCGUGUGCCAAUGUGCUGAAUUUGUUGUCCCUCUGAUUCAUGUUCAGUGGUUGCACUAUGUGGGCCGUAUUUUCGUGCCCAGAG